AAUUUUUAUUUUCAGUCAAUGAGACACAUCCAGUCCAAGACCAUAAUGACCACAUUCAACUUGAGCAGCUUCAAUUCAGGCCCUUUCAUCCUACUGGGAAUCCCAGGGCUGGAGGAGUUCCAUGUCUGGAUCAGGAUUCCUUUUUUCAUUAUCUACCUUGUGGCACUUGCAGGCAACAGUGUCCUUCUCUACCUUAUUUCCAUGGAACGCAGCCUUCAUCAGCCCAUGUUCUUUUUCCUCUCCAUGCUGGCUGUUACAGAUCUCAUCCUAUCUAAUACAUGUGUACCCAAAACAUUCAGCAUCUUCUGGCUAGGUCCUCAGGAAAUCACCUUUUCUGGAUGCCUUACUCAAAUGUUCUUUCUCCACUAUAGCUUUGCCAUGGAUUCUGCCAUCCUGUUAGCCAUGGCAUUUGAUCGCUAUGUUGCUGUUUGCUUCCCCCUAAGAUAUACCACUAUUCUUACCCGUCAGAUUAUUACUAAAAUUGUAAUGGCUAUUGUUAGCAGGAGCUUUUGCAUCAUCUUCCCAUGUGUGUUCCUAUUAAAACGACUACCUUUUUGCCGAACACUCAUCAUCCCCCACACGUACUGUGAGCACAUAGGCAUAGCCCAGCUUGCCUGUGUGGACAUCUCCAUCAACAUCUGGUAUGGAUUUGCUGUGCCUGUAAUGACUGUUACAUCAGACCUGAUCCUCAUUGGCAUCUCCUACACUCUCAUCCUUCGUGCCAUCUUUAAUCUUCCAUCCCGAGAUGCCCGCCAGAAAGCCCUCAACACGUGUGGUUCCCAUGUUUGUGUCAUUCUUAUAUUCUACACACCAGCAAUGUUCUCUGUCCUCACCCACCGUUUUGGUCACAAUAUUCCUCACUCCUUCCACAUACUGACUGCCAACCUCUACGUAGCCAUCCCUCCUGCACUCAAUCCAAUCAUCUAUGGGGUGAAGACCAAGCAGAUUCGGGAAAAAAUCAUCCUACCCUUCUUCCCUAAAGGGAACUAUUGACAUGAGACUGAGAGCUUGGGAAAGGAAACAGGUAACCAUAUUAUUUUGGAAUGCAUUUUAUUUUUUUACAGCUAAAAUAUCUACAAUGGUGAUUUAAAUACAUAUGAAAUCUUAAAAGUCUUCCAUGUGUUAUAGGAAUCAAGACAAAGUAAGG